AUGACGGAUAGUAGGUCGCCCGAAAUUGAGCCCCAAAUGGACCUCCAGCACCUCGAGUCCAUGAUAGACGACGACAAGAACCGCACUGCAAAGCGUCCCAAGAGCAAGACCACCUACGAAGGUACGCUAAAAGGGUGGUCGCCAGCUGCCAAGCCUGAGACGACCGAAACCGUGUCGUCUAUGGAACAAUUAAGUCUGGAAGGACCAGCAAUUCAUGCAAGGGACGAGACAGGGAUGAUGACAAGCUUUGAAAACGUUCCGAUAAUCGUCAAGGAGACGGAAGAUCGAGCCAAAAAGGAAGACCCAACUCUGGAAAAGCUGGAAAAAGAGAGAGACGGAAAAGUACCGGAUACGAAAAAGCUGUCCAAGGCCGAGAGGAAGAAAAUAGCGGCCGAGGCCUUUGCCAAAACUGGUGGCGUGUCCAAGCGCGAGAAACGGACAAAAGCCGAGCGACGGGCGCAGCAGGAAGCCAGUCGAAGCAAGCACGAGGGUCUGACCAAGCCAAGCAAGAAGGCUUUGGAUACCGUCGCUGCCAGUCCUACUGCUGGUGGGACGUCUGCUACUACUACUGCUGCUGCUGGAUCGCUCGUCCCUCCUAGUCCAGUCGUGCACGUGCGACUGCAGUACGACGAUGCCAAGAAGAUCGCCCGUCGCUCCAAAGCGGCGCUUGUCGUGCGGACACAGGCGCAGAAACAGGUCGAGAUGUUUUCGCACUUGCCACAGUACGAGCGCGAGAGCUCCUUGUCGCUGAACGUGGGCUUUUCGAACAAGGAAGAAGUGCAUCCGGCCGUGCUGGCGCUUGGACUCAAGUACGCGGAGAAGAAGAUCUCGGGGAGCAAUGCGCGGUGCAUUGCGAUGAUCACGGCGUUCCAGCAGGUGAUCCAGGACUACGUGACACCACCAGACAAACAACUGGGUCGAGACUUGGACAAGCGCCUUCGUCCGCUCAUCCAGUACCUCAUUGACUGCCGACCGCAUGGCAUUGGUAUGGGCAAUGCUAUUCGUCGACUGCGACGUGUCAUUGGCUCGAGUCUGCCCGAGUGGAGUGAAGAGGAGGCCAAGCGUCGGAUUUGUGACGAAAUGGACGACUACGUCCAGACCCGCAUUUUGCUCGCCUCGCGUGCUGUCUCGAAAAACGCGCAGUCAAAGAUCAGUGCUGGUGAUGUCAUUCUUACCUACGCACGUGCAAAUGUAGUGGAGAAUUUGCUGCUUGACACGGCCAAGUCCUCGCCCGAGUUCGCUGCGACACUGCGAGUGAUCGUUGUUGAUUCGCGUCCGCACUAUGAAGGACGUAAGCUCGUGAGCGUGCUGGCCAAUGCAGGUCUGCAGUGCUCGUACCUGCAGAUCAACGCGCUAUCUUAUAUCAUGCGCGAGGUCACGAAAGUGUUUCUUGGAGCUGCUGCGUUCAUGAGCAACGGCGUCGCAGUUGCACGCGUUGGUACGGCAUUAGUAGCGAUGUCUGCGCACGAGGCGAACGUGCCAGUGUUGUUUUGCUGCGAGACGUACAAGUUCUCGGAGCGAGUGCAGCUGGACGCUAUUACUCACAACGAACUGGGCGACCCGGACGAACUGGUGUCUUCUUUCUGCACUGACAAGCCGCGCUCGCGACGCCGGAUGGGUGGAGGCGAUACUGACGACGCAUCCAGCAGUUCUUCGAGCGGCCACAUCCUCUCUGACUGGCGUGACCUGGCAGACUUGAAGUUGCUCAACCUAGUGUAUGAUGUUACACCGAUCGACUACGUAUCGAUGGUGGUCACUGAGCUAGGCAUGAUCCCGCCAACCUCGAUUCCUGCUGUGCUUCGUGAAUAUUCUCGAGAUGGCCUCGUGGAUGGCCCGCUCUAG